AUGGUUUCUCCUCUCUGGAAGGCCUGCUCUGAGGGCGAUCGCACCAGGGUGCUGGAACUGUUGAACGAGCCGUCCGCUGUCGAUGUCGAGCUCAAAGAUCACACCGGCGUCACUCCUCUCAUCGAGGCGGUGAGGAACGGCCAUGUCGAAAUCGUCAAAAUACUAUUGGAGAAAGGUGCAGAUCCAUCCAAUGCUUCGAGCCACGGGCGGCCUGAGGUUUACACGUCAGACACCGUCAUCCUCGACCUCCUCCGUAUCGCCCAAAACAAAGUUGUACUUGGUGCAAACGCCUCACAGCAGCCCGCAUACGACGGGCAAGACGACCAAGAAAAGCGCCACUAUGCGCAUGCCCCCGAUGCAUAUACUUAUUACCCCACCAUUAAUCCGUCUCUGUCCACCGUCAACGAAGCUGGUGCAUACUAUCCCCCCGCUCCGCCUCAGUUCCAGGCGGAUGCCUCCCCUAAUGGCCUGGGCCAUCUUCCACCUCCCGACGUCGCUCGCAUGAUACCUUGCAGAUAUUUCCCUGCUUGCCGUUAUGGCGCACAGUGCCUGUUUGCGCACCCACAGCCACCCUUCUUCCAGGGCCCGAUGCCUCCGGCACAAUAUCCACCUUACGACCCCAUGGCAAAUCCAUACGUCCAACAAUACUAUCCGCCACCUCCACCGUCAUUCCAGCAGCCCCCACCCCCUCCUAAUGGUCCCAUGACACCUAUGUCGCCGCCACCUGGCGCACCUGUAAUGCAUGCACGCUCUCCGUCAGAAGUUGUCUCGCCACCACUAGGCCCUUUCAGCCCUAACGGCGCGCCUCCAGUUCCUUACGGUCCUAUGUCUCCUCCUGUAUAUUCACACCCUGGUCAAGUUCCUGUUCCGAUGCCUGUUCCGCCUCCCCACUCUCAACAACCGCAUUCUCAUCCCGGUCCUCAGUCUCCUAAUUUAUACAACCCAUCUACUUCGCCUGUACCACAUUACCCUAUACACCAGGACGCGUACCCUCCUCCUGGACCACCUAACGUCAUUUACGACCCUACUCACCUGAAUGGUAUCCCGGCGCCACUCGAAAACGGGCUACCAGAUUUCAACAACCACCCUAAUCCUCGUGACGGUCUCAACAACCCCCGCCGUGGCUCUGGACGCCGGCCUUCCUUUGGAGCUCGUCGACCACCUUGUCUCUUCUUCCCAGCUGGGAGAUGUAAAAAUGGCGAUGAAUGCCGUUUCCCUCAUGUUCUGCCUGAGAAUGCUGGUACGCCCACCCAUACGCAGUUCCCCGUUGCAAGGGGACCUCCUCGCCCCCGUGGCCCGCCUCAUGGACACGUAAACGGCGCGAAUGGAAUCACAAAUCUCGAAGCCAAAUUGAACAAUUUGACGAUGCGUGAUGAUGCCCCGCGUCAAAAGAACGGCGUCGAUGGUUCGAGCCGAUCACAGUCGAGUGAUGCUAGCGGGCGACCAAAGUUCCACCAGGGCCCUAAACAUCCACAUGUCGGUCCCAAUGGCCACCACAAGAAGCCCUUCCCCGCGAAGCCUCAGCAGCGCGUCCCAAGCGCGGACGACUUCCCCGUUCUUGCAGGCAGCGUCACACCACCCAAAGUGAAUGGCAACGGCUAUACCGGACGGACUGCCGCUCAAAUCUUGCAGGCGCCGCCUCCUUUCCGUAAGGAUGCCAGCAAGGAGUCGAGCACACGAGGGACUACUCCCGACCCUGCCCGAGGGAAUGCCACGAAGGAGGCCAAGGCAGAGGCGAACGGCUCAGCCCCAGAGACCCCUGCGCCUGCGCCUGUGCAGGAGCUGCCGGUUAUGAACGGUGUCAGCAAGCCUCCCGUCAUGUCUUUUGCAGCAGCCGCGGCCACCGCAGGAACCGCGGAUACCCCCAAGGAGGUUUCAGUCUCUGCGUAA